UUUUUAAUUUGCAGCGAUUUUAACUGAUGACUCAGUCAGGGAUGAUGUCAUCUGUUAUCCUACAAUUUCUGGUGUGGUUCUCUCUUGCUCACUUAAACCAUUCCCUCUGAUUCUGUGGCAGACUGUCCUCCUCGGUUUUCAUCCUGUCGUCAGCUUCUUCCCAGCCAGCCACGGGCAAACAACCCCACAGCAGUGGAAGAAACAGGAAGUCUGACAGCUUGAGUCUGCAGUGGGACCCCUAGUGUUUUCCCACUCCAUGUCCUGGCAUCGUUCCCCAGAAGUACAAACACACACACAGAGCUCCCAUUGUUACAGCCUUCCCAGCCCACUGAUCCUAAUAUGGAAUGCAGCAGGAAACCCAUGAUUUCCUGACACUCGGCAAACUAAAGGAAGCAAGGGAAAAACUCCAUUAAAAAGCCCAGCUUUCCUCCAUGUUAGAUGUGAAGUGGAAAAUGCAGAAGAUUUAGCAAAAUUCCACCGUGUCCUGAACCAGGCUGGUGAGGGGGAAGCAGAGUGAAACCCUCGGGGCUGCUGAGAUUUCUAGACUGCCAGGAAGCCCCUAGAACUCUGUGAAAAUGAGGAUUUCUUAGCUCAAACUUACAGGGAAAAGGGACAGACCCUUCUCAUCAUUCCCCCAAGUGUGUGUUACUUUUCUUGACCAGGAUGAUGAGCAAGAGGGCAUGUACCAGCUGCCUCGGCCAUGUCUGUGUGAGCCAAGGUACUCAAAGUAAAGCAGAGUGAACUCAAGCCCGGCUCUGCUGCCCGCCGCUUCAUGUGCUUUGGGGAGAAGCAGAAGCAACAGCAGCAGCAGGAGUCCCAGCAGCUGGAGCCGCAAGAAUGAACUGCAGAGACGGAAAUGACAGCAGCUGCGCCUGUGGUGGCAACGACGAGAAGAAGAUGUUGAAGUGUGUGGUGGUGGGUGACGGUGCCGUGGGGAAAACCUGCUUGCUGAUGAGCUACGCCAACGACGCCUUCCCAGAGGAAUACGUGCCCACUGUGUUUGACCACUAUGCAGUUACUGUGACAGUGGGAGGCAAGCAACACCUGCUCGGACUGUAUGACACCGCAGGACAGGAGGACUACAACCAGCUGCGACCGCUCUCCUAUCCCAACACGGACGUGUUUUUGAUCUGUUUCUCUGUCGUAAAUCCUGCCUCUUACCACAAUGUCCAGGAGGAAUGGGUCCCAGAGCUGAAGGACUGCAUGCCUCAUGUGCCUUACGUCCUCAUAGGGACCCAGAUUGAUCUUCGUGAUGACCCCAAAACCUUGGCUCGUUUGCUGUAUAUGAAAGAGAAACCUCUCACUUAUGAGCACGGUGUGAAACUUGCAAAAGCGAUCGGAGCACAGUGCUACUUGGAAUGUUCGGCCCUGACUCAGAAAGGUCUCAAAGCGGUUUUUGAUGAAGCGAUCCUCACUAUCUUCCACCCCAAGAAAAAGAAGAAACGCUGCUCCGACUGCCACAGGUGCUGCUCAGUUGUCUGAGGUUGCUGACACUUACCUGCACCCACAGAAGGGUAGAAAUAGCAGCCGAACCUGGGUCCAAGCUCAAGUCAAAAAGGAGGGCAUGACCGGAAAGGAAUUCACUUCAGCCAGAAGCUGCUCCUUCCCUCUGGGAGCCCUCCCAAGCACCACACGCUAGUCAGCCAACCGCCACGAACCCCUGCCAGCAGAAGCACCCACAUUGCACACUCUAAGAGAGCGCUGAGCCCGGAUUUCAGCUUUGUGUCGGAAACAAAGUCAGAGACCAUCUUUCUUUUUACAUCUCCUCCCUCUGUCAACAUGAAGCUGACAAGAAAUUACUGCAGGAAAACCAAAAGAACUUGGUUUCUGUAGCAGCGGCCAUUUUUGACGCUUUUUACAGAACAUUGGAAUACAAUACUAACCUUUUUUCUGAAUCUGCUACUCUACCCAUGUGUCUUACAUUCAUCUGUAUUAUCUCAAGAAAUUUGCUAAUUUCCAAUUUACUCAGGCCUUACAGAUUCAUACCAAAUCGGUAUAGACAGGAUUUUUAUAUUCACAUCUGUUUUUAGCCUGUUUCUACCAAAGCUAUUAGAACCAACAUGUACCUCUGAAUGCCUGAUUAUGAAAAGACAAAGGAAAACUUAAAACCUCAUGGACAUAUCCAUACAGAGCCAUGAUUGUGGAACCUGAUUGAAAGAAAAUGUCAUCUGAGUUGUUGCAGGUCCACAUUGUUGCCAAAGAUUCACCUUAGAAACACUUCGGUUGAUGGGUGGCCUGAUUUUUGCCAUAUUAUAUGACCAUGGUAAAUUAGAAAUGAACUGUAGUAUUUCAGCUUUUCAUCCAAAUUGCCUGGGUAGAAGAGUGUGGCAGGACCCAUCUUCUAAGAUAUUCCUUAUUCAGCAAAGUGAAAUUUCCUGCUUCCUCCCUCCUCCAGUGAGCACAUGCUCUGUCCCUCCCUUGAUUUCACCCCUUCUCCCCUGCCAGGCUUCCUUUGCUCUCCCCAGUCAUAACUUGAUCUAAAAGAAGGAUCUGCCAUUGGGGAAGGAAAAUCCAAUAUUUAAAAACUCUUCAAAGGUCAAGUAAAGUGUCUCAACUUUUCCAUUUGCUUCAAAUAAAAAUGCUUCUCAGCUUACCCCCACAUGGGCUGCCAUUCCAUUUAAACGACAUUUUCCAGUUUCAAAAAAAACACCAAAUCAAUUGUCCCCGAGUCCAUUCUGACUCACAAUGACCCCAUGUGUGUCAAAGUAGACCUGCACUCCACAGGGUUUUCAAUGGCUGUGAUCUUUCACUGGCACCUCUAGGUGGAUUCAAACUGUCAACCUUUCAGUUAGUAGUUGAGCGCUUGACUGCUUGUGCCACCCAGGUCUCCUUUUCAGGUACAACUAGUACUAAAACAUUACAUCUCCCUGUUUCCUAUAGUCAUUGUCGCAAAUGUCUUUUUAAGGGCUAGGUCUGUGGGUACCAAGUUCUGGAUCCGUUUAUGUGUUAUCCCCUGCUGUCCAAAAUGAUGCACUAUUUAGAACAGAGACUUUGGGGAAGUAAAAUCUUCCAGUAAGGGAUUACGUAUAGAAGCCCUGGUGUGCAGCGGUUAAAGCGCUUGGCUAUUAACCAAAAGGUCAGUGGUUCAAACCUACCAGCUGCCCCACUGGAGAAAUCUGUGGCAGUCUGCUUCCAUAAAGAUUACAGCCUUGGAAACCCUAUGGAGCAGUCCUACCCUGUCCUAUGGGGUCAAAAAAAAAAAAAGUCACUAUGAGUCAAAAUUGACUUGAUGGCUGCAGGUUUUUUGUUGCUGUUUAUUCUAUACAAACCUUACAAAAUGCCAGGAACUCUUAAUAUCAUGAAGUGAGUUACUUCUUUGCUUUUAAUUAGAGGCUAUGAGGGCUUCUAAUUAAUCUUAUUUGCUAACAAGUACCCUGGAAACUCCCAGAUAGGCACUUAAUUUUUUAUUUCAAUUGCAUAAGGAAAGGGCUGCUUUGCAGCACAAUAUUACAGAAAUUUUAGUUUAAGACUUUCCAGAUUAAAACUCCCUCUACUGGAAAAAGCCAGCCUUCCUUGUCCCUUCUGCUCCUGGAGGAAGCACAUAAACAAAGAAGCAUAUGGUAUAGGUCAUUCUCCAUUAAGACCUUCCAUGCCACCCCCUCCAUUAUUUGUUUCAUCAUUUGUUUAGAAUUUCUGAAAUUUUUUCCUUUCUUCCCCAUUUCAAGUUCUAUUUCCCUUCUCUAAUGGCCAACCAUUCUCUUACACACACGCACGCACACACACACACACGCACAUAUCCCACAGCCUAAAAGAAAACGGGAGUUUUGUAAGUCAAAGCUUGACAUUUAGAUUAAACAAGGGCUUUCCGCCUUUGUAAAUGGAAAUCAACUGUGUAUGAACUAUAACUCCAUGAAGGUUACAAAUUCAUCCUUUACAAACGGUAAUGGGCAUUUAGUUCUGUAAUAAAUGACUUGCUAUUGA